AUGUAUGGGGUUCAACGUCAGGUUGUCCCAGAUGGUCAUCUAGCAAUGGACCUUGACCCUGACCUUGAGGAAUUUGUAGGUGCUGGGGGGAAGUCGUCAUUCGGUAUUGAUCAGUCUCAAUCAUCGAAGAUCACUCUGAAAAGGAAGUCCGCACCAUCUGACCACCACGAGACCGACCAGUUACCCAUUGGACCCCCUCCGUCUAGUUCUUCUAUCGCUCCAGUUCCUUCUACGUCAUUGGGCAAGCGUCCUCUAGGUGAGGUUGAGGUUGAAACUAAGGUUCCUGGUAGUACACUCGCAACCAAUCGUGAGAUGCCUCGACUUGCGGAAGAGGGACCCCCUCACGUACGUGCACUUGUUCGUGGGACGGCUGAUCUACCAAAAAUGUUCAACCUACUGUCCGAGCUAGGCCCCCCACCUGCGAGUGUCGUCAGUGAUACCAAUGAAGAGGUCGCCGCAAAGAUGGCCCAACACUUAUCCUACGUUGCAAACACAAGCACCGAGCUAUUCAUGCGGUGUCAACUAUAUGCCAUGAAGCGGGAAGAAGAGUCACAAGCAUUUAAAGCCACGAUGAGGGAUUUGGAAAACCAACUUGAGUCUUAUCGCGCGCGGGUGGCCCAGUUGGAGGAAUCUUUAAAGCAAUAUCCGAAAUCCGAUCAGUUUCGCAGGGACGCCAUUGCUCAUUUCGCCUCUCAUCCGACCGAAAUACCUGGUCUGCUCUCUACUCUGUGCCCAUCUGAGGAAGCUGCUCUACCUCUAUUCCACAUGUUUCGGGAUGAUCCAGUGAUAUCAAAGAUGCUCCGUAGGGUGGCUGGCUGGGGAUACCACAAGGGAAAAAAGGGGAUGCAACAAAACUUGUAUCGCACACUGGAGGCUGCCCUUCCGGACGACUGGGAAGAGGUCCGUGUUGUGCUACCCGCCGAUCUGACACCUCCUGGUCCAGAACCAUUCAGCAAGCCUUCAACAAGUUCGAUUGAUCCUUCUGCAACAUCCUCAUGCAAUUAAGAUCCUUGACCGCUUUGCUCUCCUUUAAUUGUUCUUUAGGUUUUCCUUCGUGUGCUCGGGAGGCUGACCCCGUUCUUGUGUCAGUCAGACUAUCGUACUCUUUCAAGUAUUUCCUCUUUUUUAUGA